AUGGCAUCAUCAUGGACAAGGCACGACGGUGGCCCUUAUGCAUCGACCCACAAGGGCAAUCGGUGGAUCAAAAAGAUGGGGCAACUGCUGCUGGUUGUGGCGAAGUUGACGGAUAGCGACUAUCAGCGCUUGGAAGGUUGCAUCCAGUUUGGCAACCCCAUCGAAAAUGUCGAGGAUCGAUCGGAGGGCGAGACGGAUCCGGUGGAACCGGUCCUCUUGCAGACCUUCAUGGGAAGCGUGGGACUACAAGAUCAGUUGCUGAACAUUGUGGUUGAAAAGGAUCUGGCAGAGGAAAAGGCCAGAUUGGUGGAAGGUGAGAACAAGGAGCAAUUGGAAGUCACUGAGAAUAAGAUCCUGGAUGUUCUCAGUUCUUCCCAGGGCAACAUCCUUGAAGAUGAAGCUGCAGUGCAGGUCAGUAGGAUCGUUGAAUGA